AUGGGUUCAGAAGCACCAUUUCAGCUUCCUACUGUUGAUUUCUCAGACCUAUAUAAACAAGAUUCAGACAGUCUUAUCUGGGAUUCAGCAAAAACUAAAGCUCUUCAAGCCCUUCAAGAAUACGGUUGCUUUGAAGCAACUUUUGCUCAAAUCUCAUCUGAUCUUCAAGAGUCUGUAUUCGAUGGACUUGAACAACUUUUCAACCUCCCACUGGAAACCAAGCAAGGAAACACAUCUGAUCGAGACUUUCAUGGGUAUAUCGGACAAAUCCCGUUCAUGCCUCUCUAUGAAAGCAUGGGAAUUGACGCACCUUACAUCCCGGAGAAAGUUGAUAAGUUCACCAGUCUCAUGUGGCCUCAAGGAAACCCUAAAUUUUCGAAAAGUAUCCAGACGUACUCGAAGAAGCUGUGGGAGCUCGAUGAAAUGGUGAAGAUGAUGGUUUUCGAGGGGUUGGAUCUGGAGAAGUAUUUGGAUGAACACUUGGAAGCAACAAAUUACCAUCUGAAGGUGAUGAAAUAUAGAGCAGCGGAUCCGAGUGAAUCCACCAUGGGUUUAGAUUCUCAUGCCGAUACAAGUAUCUUGACGAUCUUACAUCAAAAUGGAAUUCAAGGGCUAGAGAUUCGGACCAAAGAUGGAGAUUGGCUCACUGUAAAUGUUUCACCGAAUUCCUUCGUGGUCAUGGCUGGGGAAAGUUUCAAUGUACUUUCGAAUGGGCGAUUGCAUGCGCCAUUCCAUAGGGUGGUGAUGAAUGACAAGAAGACUCGGCUAUCUGUCGGUUUAUUUUCAUUGCCUAAAAUCGGGAGCCUCGUGAAACCCCCGAAAGAAAUGGUGGAUGAAGAAUAUCCAUUGCUGUUCAAGCCUUUUGAUUAUGGAGAGUUCAUGGACUACUUCUGUAUGGCUGGUGUGAAGAAAGACACAUAUAGCCUCAAGGCUUAUUGUGGUGUCUCAAACUCAUGA